CCUUGCCUCAAGCCUCAAGCCUCUGCGCGCGUACCUCAGCAACCGCGUACCUCAGCAACCAUGGCAUGUCUGAGGGCCGCCAUCGCCGCACUGCUCCUUGUCACCCUUGCGUCGUCGGCCGCGGCCGCAAAGACAAAGUUCAACAUUACCGAGGUCCUCGACGAAUCCCCGGAAUUCUCGACCUUCAACAGCCUGCUCUCGAAGACGAAUCUUGUUGAGGAGAUCAACAAGCGGCAGACCAUCACCGUGCUCGUGGUUGACAAUUCCGCCGCCAGUGCCAUUACGUCGCUGCCCACCGACACGCAGAAGAAGGUGCUCGCCGUGCAAGUCAUCCUCGACUACUACGACCCCAUGAAACUCGAGGGCAUCGAGAAGAGGACGGCGCUCCUUACCACGCUCUUCCAGACUACCGGCGCCGCCACCGACCGCGCGGGGCUCGUCAACUACACCCACAGCGCGGACGACCAGAUGGCGUUUGGCUCAGCCGAGCCCGGCGCACCGCUCAGCUCGCAGCUGGUGAAGGUCGUUGCGUGCCGACCGUACAAUCUAUCCGUCAUGCAGGUCAGCGCAGCAAUCAUUCCACCGAGCAUCAGCUCGUCGGACAAGGGGAGCUCCGGGCCACCCGGUAAAGCCCACGGUUCGUCGUCCAAUGCGAGUGUCCCGACCAUUACCGACGCUGAGACGCUUCAAUCGUUCGACGAGGCCAGCGCGGCAGACGAUGACGGUCUUUCCCCUUCGGGCGGUGGCCCGACAACGGCGGAUGCAGCUGCAUCAUCACCACCGGUGCAUAGUGCUGACGCGGCCGCAGGCGCGCACACUUCGGUGGGGAACACAGUGGUGGUCCGCACACGUGUUGGGCUCAUAGGGCUUGUGAUGUUGAUGAUUUAAAAUUCUACGCACUACCAGGGCCGAUGCUUUAGCUUUACACGUUAGGCCGGAUGGGUGUAAAUUGUACGGAGAAUUUUCAGCCGUAAAGAAAACGAUUGACUGAGGCAUGUAUUUUUUUACGAAGGUAUUUAGAAUGAAAACAA